CAAAUGAGCCUGGGUGAAAUGUUUGCGCGCAUGCGCAACACUGCAGCCCUCGACUAAAUUGAGGUCUUUGUUGAGACCAAUAGACAAAUCUUGCUCGAGCUUUACCGAUACCUCAGGGAUAUUUAGUGAAAAGACAACCGUUUUAUGCACAGUCGUGAACAAGUAGGCUUCAUGUUAUCCCGAACACGAACGCGAGGAAAUUAGCAGAGCUGACAACAUCGGAUGUACACAAACAAACCCAUCGCUGUCGUUUUAAGGUGGUAUUUUUCAGCGUGACGAUUUUAUUUAUUGAACAUUUACGACAAUCGCUUUCGUCGAAAUGGGGAACUGACAUAUUUAAAAGGAGUAGAUUUCCUCUUCACAUCCAGGAUAUCAUGAAAGAGGAGAGCAUUUGUAUGGAAAGGCUGCCCAUGGCACGCAGAAGUGGGUUUCAACUUUCCAGCUGCCUCGUCCAGACAGAGGAGAAGAGGGACGCAGAAAGAGGAUAUUUGUGGGCCAGCUUUAUUUCACAUAAAUAGUCCAACUGCAAUAUUUGGGAUCAGGUCGGAGAUGGAGACUGUCGGGAAAUUCGAGUUCAGCAGGAAGGACCUCAUAGGACACGGUGCCUUCGCAGUGGUUUUCAAAGGCAGACAUCGAGAGAAGCAUGAAUGGGAGGUUGCCGUCAAAUGCAUAAACAAGAAGAAUUUGGCCAAAUCGCAGACUCUUCUGGGCAAAGAAAUCAAGAUAUUGAAGGAACUGAAACAUGAAAACAUCGUUGCAUUGCACGACUUUCAGGAAACGGCUAGCUCCGUGUACCUUGUAAUGGAGUACUGCAACGGGGGAGACCUGGCUGACUACUUGCACUCAAAGGGCACUUUAAGUGAAGACACCAUCCGAGUAUUCCUACAGCAGAUCACAGGGGCCAUGAGGGUUCUGCAGGCCAAAGGGAUCAUCCACAGAGACCUGAAACCCCAAAACAUCCUGUUGUCCCAUCCUGCAGGCCGAAAGUCUCACUUCAACAACACCUGCAUUAAGAUAGCUGACUUUGGCUUUGCGAGGUACCUCCAGAACAACAUGAUGGCUGCCACUCUCUGUGGGUCUCCGAUGUACAUGGCUCCUGAAGUUAUCAUGUCACAAAACUAUGAUGCCAAGGCUGACCUGUGGAGCAUAGGGACCAUUGUGUUUCAGUGUCUGACUGGGAAGGCUCCAUUUCAGGCCAGCAGUCCCCAGGAUCUCCGCUUGUUUUAUGAGAAAAAUAAAACUCUUAGCCCAAACAUUCCCAGAGAAACUUCCACCCAUCUCAGACACCUGCUGCUCGGCCUCCUGCAGAGGAACCAUAAGGACCGAAUGGACUUCGAUGAAUUCUUCAGACAUCCAUUUUUGGAAGCAAGCUCAUCUAUGAAGAAGUCUACACCAGUGACCGUGACAUGCUUUCCCAAUUCAGCCUCUGCAAGCUCAUGCAGCAGUUCAUCUACUUCACACCUGGCCUCUCCUCCUCAAUCGCUUGCUGAGAUCCAGCAUGUCCGUGCAAAGGCGUUAGCCUCCCCUACCCAGGAUUCUCCAGGAUAUCUGCUGAAAGACUCAGGAGGAGGUGGAGGAGGCAGCAGUAGCAAAAACUCAUCCUGUGACACUGAUGAUUUCGUCAUGGUUCCAGCUCAUUUCCCCAGUGAGCUUACCUGUGACAUGCCAACUGGAAAGGUUCUCCAGGACAGUUUGAUGUAUAGCGGGAGUUCUCUUCUGGCGUCCGGAGGUCAGUGCAGUCAAGGAAAGACUCCGCCACGCUCUCCAUCAUUCAGCAGCUCUCCAGGACCCAGCGGCAGGCCGAGUGAGUUUUCUGGGAGUAGCUAUGGCAACUAUGGGCAGUCUGUACCCAUUCCAGUGCCCACACAGAUUCACAACUACCAGCGCAUGGAGCAAAACUUCCAGUUUCCAGGUCAAGAGGGUUCUCCUCGAUCUGGUUUGGCUCAGAGAUGCAGUAGUGGUAGUUUUCUGGCCUGUGGAAGGACAGGGCCUUCUCCUCCUCGGUCUGGUUCUGCUGUCAUGUCCCGCAGGCUUUCCACAGGAGGCAGCAAACCCUUCCAGCUCUCUCCACAGGUGGGCACCAUUCCUGAAUUGCCAGGCCAAGUUUGCCCAGCGAGUGCAGAAGUGGGUCACAGGGGCUCUCGUGGUGGAGAAGCCAAGACUUGGCCUCAGCAGCAGGGUCUAGGCACGCGGCUCAACAGUGCCCCCUGUUUGCUGGAGGCCGCUGGAGGCUGCAGGCAGAAGAUCAGGAAGCAGCACUCAGAUCCAGUGGUCGCCCCUCAGGCAAACGUGAUGCCCUUCAGGACCCUGCACUCCUCACCCAGGCUCAGUGAACUUAUGCAACGCAACCCCCUACCAACUAUCCUGGGUUCUCCUUCAAGAGCCAUGCCCCCGUUUGAGUUUCCCAAGCCUCCGAGUUCCCCAAACAUGGUCACAUUUCUGACCCAGCAGGGCCUCAGAACAGCUCAGGGAGAGCCUAGUUAUUCACCUGCCUACCAGCCAGAGGAGCGGAAAGGAUUUGGGAGGUCUCAGAGCGCUGGUCGCCUGUCUGAUGUGCUGCUGAUGGCAGCAUUUGGAGGACAGAGAGGAGAACGAGGCAGCAUGGAGAAUCUCAACACUGACAGAGCCAUCGACAUCACAGCGCCACCUGGUGGUGGGGGCAUCGUGGUCGGCUCAGGUAGCCCUGCUCGAGUGGUGUUCACCAUUGGUUCUCCACCCAGUGGAGCAACACCUCCGCAGAAUUCUCGCUCAAGAAAGCUCUCCGCAGGUUCUUCAAGCUCCGUUAGUCCAGUAGGCUCUCUCACCAGCCGCUACACACAAGCAGGCAAUUACAUGGACUGCUAUGAGGGAUCUUCCAGUCCCCGCUACGGUUUCUCUGACCCCAUCUCAGCCGUGACUUUUGAAGCCCCUGAACUACCAGAGGAGACCCUGAUGGAACAGGAACACACGGAGACUCUUUGCAGGCUCCGCUUCAUGCUGGACUUUGCUCGUUGUAUGGUGGAGGUAGCAGGAGCUCGGAGUGGAGAGAUGGCCCAGACUGAGCUCUCCUCCACCAGCCUGCUCCAACAACAGAGCCUGAUGGCCGACCAGAUCAGCUCUCUGAGCCGAGAGUGGAGUUAUGCUGAGCAGUUGGUGCUUUACAUGAAGACCGCAGAGCUUCUGUCAUCUUCACUACAAACAGCCAUGGAAGGAAUCAAGCAGGGAAAAUUGUACCCCUCAAGCACCGUCAAACAAGUGGUCAGGAGGUUGAAUGACCUGUACAAGUCCAGCGUGAUGUCCUGUCGGUCUCUGAGCAAUCAGCUGGAGCGAUUCUUCACCCGAAAACACAAACUCAUGGACCACAUCAACAGCAUCACUGCAGAAAGGCUCCUCUUCGGCCACACUGUGCAAAUGGUGCAGGCUGCAGCUCUGGAUGAGAUGUUUCAUCAGGGGGAAGCAUCAAUUCAGCGCUACCAUAAGGCCUUGCUGCUCAUGGAGGGUCUGUCGCUUCUCCUCACUGAACAGGCUGACAUCCUUAGCAUUAGCAAGUGUAAACAAUGCAUUGAACGCCGUCUCACCGCCUUGCAGUCGGGUCUCUGUGUGUAAAGUCUCUUCGCCACACCAAUGUUUCACCCUUAAGAUUCCCGUUUUCGCAACAUCCUCCAGAAUCUUUUCCCAUUUCCACCUAUCAGAGCUCUCUAUGGGAUUGAACGGGCCUCUUGAUUGGACCAAGUUUGUCUGAUAUCAAAACAGCGCAGAUAUGAAAUUCUGCCACUUUGGAUCAUCUCAAACACAGAAGGACAGAGUAAAUAUUGUGUCUGCAGUCCAGAUCGAACCCGAUUCCACCACUGAAAAGAGAGUAGUUCCUCGGUGCACUUGUUGGCUUAAAUAGGAUGCGUGUUAUAAAUGGGUUGUGCAAUCUUAGUUGAUCUGAGAUCCGAUUUACCCACAAAACAUCAGUUUCUUUAGGUUUUCAAAUUAGUUAUCACUACAUUUACUUGCAGACUGACGCUGAAAGAUUUUUUAGAUGAUUAUUAGUGAUUUAUUAGUAGAGUUUGAGCUGUUUUGUGUGGUUGAAGUUGGUUGAUUGGUUAGUUGGUUUCAUUCCAAGUGUCUAGUUUGAAGAAUAUAUAAUCCCUGGAUGGAUGUUUCAGAAUUUGUGCACCAUUUGAAUGUAAUAAAAGGCCCAAAUUCUCCCAUUAGAGGAGAUCAAUCAGAAAUUCACUGACCAAAUUAUAAGCCAUUUAUUUAAAGCAAGAAAGUUUUUAAUUUUGCCAAUUAUUUAAAAAACAUUCUCAUCGUUUCACAGAAGGAAACUGUACAAAGCCAGCAAAACCUUUUGUAGCACUUUAGUGAAUGUUUACCAAGAGCAUGUCAAAUCCCUGUUUCCUAAUACCGUGUGCAGUGUUUGGACAUCUCUUAUGACCUGUUAAGUUCCCCCCUUUUUUAAAGAUAGCUAUUAUUGUGUUUUAUUUUGUGUUUGGCAAUCACUUGUCUGAAUGUAGUUCGGUUUUGUUUUAAUUUUUAGGGCCUUCAGCUGUAAUUUAGGCAGAAAUAUCAAGCCAAAACAAAUCUGCAGUGUUUUUUUGUAGCAUAAACAAAACUAUUUAAAAGGAACUCUUGAUUUAUAUCUGUUUUGCUAUCAUGCGUGCCCCGUUCCUGAUUUAUACUAGGACUUUAAUACUCAUUUUAGUGUUUGUUUGAAGACAGAAUGUACUUCCUUUUUGGGUCGUGCAUGCAUAGAUGUUCCUGAUGUGAGAUGUGUUUAAUCUGAAGCAGGUAUAUUAAAGACAGGUCUUAAGAUAAGUUUAUCUGCACUGUUCGAGGGCUCUUUUGAAUAAGUCAGCUGAAGACAUUCAAACGCGA